UUAUAUAAUAAUUAGUAUAGAUGGAAUGUUAACAUCAUUUAUAAUUACGAAAGAUUUUAUAAGUGAUUUAUUAAUUGCUAACGCAAAUUUUGGGGAAUUUAUAUUAUAUAUUUGUUUAAUAUCAAUUUUUAAUCCGGAUUUUUCACUUACACCAAAACAAAGGAUUAUUUCUACACCAUUUGAUGUAAUAAAAACAGAUAGUAGUAUAAGUGUGGCAGAAAUAUUAGGACCUGAUUUUGAUUCUCAAAUAAGAGUUGAAACAAGUCAAAAUAUUAAGAUUGAACAUGCAUAUAUUAAUCCAAAUUAUAGACCAUAUUCUACAACUCCACCUUUAUCACCAAUUUCAAAUGGAAAUGUAUUAUUAACUCCUAUGCCAUCGCCAUCUUCAACAUUUGCUGUUCUUAAUAGAAAUCAACGAUCUUCACCUUCACCUUCACCUUUACAACAAAGUUGGAGACAAGGUCAAAACAAAAGUGAAGUUUCUAGUCAACAAACUUUAGAUAAUGAUCAAGCAAUUUUAACUGAACAUGUUGAUAAAUUUGGAACUGCUUAUGAUGAUGAAUCUAUACAAACUAUGAAUGAACCUCAAAUUUAUAUGGAAAAUUAUAAUAAUAAUAAUAUUUAUUAUAAUAAUCCUAUAAGAAGAUUACCAUCACAGGACAAUGAUAACAUAUCAUCAUCAUCAUAUAAUAAUAAUAAUUCAUCAUCAUAUAAUAAUACAAUAUAUGAUCGUAGCAAUUCUAUGUAAAAUGUGUUUGCAUUUAUCAGGCAUUUAUAUCAUUACAAGUCGGUUCUCGAAAAAAAACAAAAGCAUUAAUUAGAAACAUUAAUUCGAUUGUUUUAUAUUUAGAAAUUAUUCAAGUAUUUCAGUAUUUGUAUUAUUAGUAAUAUAUGGUAUUAGUAAUAUAUGGAUAGUUAUUCAGUAUUAGUAUUAAUAUGGAUAGUUAUUCGGUAUUAGUAAUAUAUGGAUGGUUAUUUAGUAUUUGUAGUAAUAUACUGUAUAUGGAUGUAUUUGUAGUGUUUUCAGUAUUUGUAGUGUUAGUUAUAUAUGGAUGGUCAUGUAUUUUUUAUUUUAUUUUAAUUAUUUUAUUUU